AUGGAGGUCAGGUCGUCAUACAUUUUGCCACCAUUUUGCGACUUGCGCUUCCAUCCAUGUGAACUUGGCUGCGAACCCACUUGUGGUACGCUCCGCUGUGCUCAAGCAGUUGUCAAUGAUCCUACCCAACUCUUGUCCAUGUCAUCUCACUUUCGACUCAUAGCUGGCUUUCAAACCUUCCCGCAACUUGAAGCUACCAUUUACAUCACCUCACAACAUGAGCAUUCAUCAGGUCGGCUGCAGGGGUCAACUGGGAAUGGAGGCAGUCACACCAAGAUUAUGGGAGGGGCCUUUCCUUGCAGAGAACUCCGCUUUGCGUCAUGCCUGAAAAGUCACACUAUGUCUUGUCGACUGGGGAACACCUACGACAUCUUGCAUGUUUGUUUGCAACGGCAAGCUGGAAAGAUAUAG